GGUGGAGUGAUUAUGUCUAAGCUUGGGAACGAGACCGCAAAAGCCGCACUAGGUCGCGCAACGUGGAAACUUCUUCACACGAUGACGCUUCGUUACCCUGAAGCACCGACAGAAGAUGAGCGUACGGCGCUGCUAUCUUAUUUCCACCUCACAUCGCGCCUGUACCCCUGCGGCGAGUGCGCCGCCGAGUUCCAGCUGCUUCUCAAGAAUUUUCCGCCGCAGACAUCUUCACGGCGCUCUGCCUCCCUCUGGCUCUGUCACGUACACAACCAAGUGAACGAGCGGCUACAUAAGCCGGCCUUCGACUGCGCGCAUCUCGACGAUACUUACGACUGUGGGUGUGGCGACGAGCCACUCUCCGCAUCCUCAGAUGUGUCUCCCUUCAAGGAGAAGGCGCGGGAGGGUGACCCGAUGGACUUAGAGCGGGAUCCGAGCCGCGACGAGAUCACAGGCGUAGAGAUGAUUAAGGGCGGGCGAUGAUCGCUUUCCUCCUCAUCUUGUGCUUCAUUUCUUGUUGGGAAUUAGUAGUGUUGGGACGUCCGGGUCUUUUGCAUCAUUUUUCUGGAUUAUUAUUUCUCCGCUUAUUGUGAUUCGUGAUCGCGACAAGGUUGCGCCACCGACCUUCAUUU